AUGGACCGAUCCAUAUUCUACGUGGCCAGUGCAACAGCAACGGUACUUUAUGUGCUUGAGGUGGUUCCCCGGAGUUUUCCUAUACUUCAUCGGCUGCCUUAUGUACCUGGUGCAUCUGCCUGUUUCAGAGUGUGGCAAGAUCGAAUAAGCAUCAGCUGUUCCCCUGCUGCUUGUCGUAAAGAUGGAUUCGUCACAGAUGUCCCUCGCAGGCAACUAAAGUGGAGUAGACGCAUAAUCUUGGUUAACCAGCUCCUGAAGCUGGGGUAUAGGAAACGCAUCGUGAGCAAGUGUUCCAUUGCGAGGAAAAAGAGCCAGGGGCUGGGCAUAGACAUUGGUGGACCGUCAUCGAUGGGGAAAGAGCAUUGGCUCAACCGGAACAGUGGACGUAUGAAUGAACGACCACGCGAACGUUACCCUGUCCAGGGAAGUCCCCAUAUCAAGAAACGACCCUGUGGAAUGUUGAUGACAUCCCAACGGGGCAACUGGUUGGGGCUGGUCCAGCACCCCACAUCGGGCAAGCAUAAGGGCGAUCCCCCCUGA